UCUAGAGGUAUGGUGAUAAAAUUUACGGAAGGACCCAGUAUCCGAAAACCUACAGAUUCAUCAUCUUAUAACUCUAUAAUGAAAGCAGUUUUAAGGCUCAUUUUAAUCUUCUUUAUUCUGGUGUGUUUUGGUCUCUUCUAUAAGAUCCAUAUGACUUUGCCCUUGAAUCAUCAAAAUGACCCUGCUAUUAAGCCUUUUUUGUUUCCAAACAUUAAAGUACCAGCCAAUGAAAUACCAAUCAAUGAAGCAACAAACAAUCUAAGACCAGAAGAAAUUCUUCACCAAGGAAAUGGUAUAUUUUUUGUAGAGACCACUGAUAGGAUGGAGCCCCCAUAUGUAACUUUGUGUGCAGUAGAGUCUGCAGCUCGGAUCUACCCCAACAGACCAAUUGCUUUCUUUAUGAAGGGUUUACCUGAAGAUCGAGAUGGAGACAAGGCAAAAUACAGAAUCCGGACACUUUCAUCUUAUGAUAAUAUCUACCUUUUCCCUUUGAGACUGGAGGAAGUAUUUUAUGAUACUCCACUUUUAUCCUGGUACAGAAAGGUAAAACCUGAACAUGAAUCCUACUGGACAGAUGUAACUUCAGAUGCCAGCAGGUUGGCAUUGAUUUGGAAAUAUGGUGGCAUUUACAUGGACAAUGACAUCAUCUCAGUAAGACCUGUUCCACUUAAAAAUUUUGUGGCUGCAGAGAGUAAUGAUGUUUACAGCAAUUCUAUUUUUGGAUGUGUCCCACAUCAUAUGUUCAGCUGGAGGAGCAUGGAAGACUUUGUUCAGAACUAUAAUGGAUCUAUUUUGGGUCAUCAAGGCCCAGCCCUUUUUGCUCGCAUUCUUAAAAAGGUUUUUUGUGUGUUACGUGGAUUUAAGUAUACAGAAGAUGUUAGGUGUGGAAAUAUGACAUUAACAAACCCUGAUCGUUUCUAUCCAAUACCAGAAUCGUCUUGGAAGAAGUAUUAUGAAGUAGUAGAUCAGUUUCGACCUUUUUCAAGCUCCUAUGCUGUGCAUCUCUUUGAGAAUUCCAAUCAAGGGAAAUAUAAUAUGGUUCCUGGAAGUAAAACGUUGGUGGAUCGCCUUUAUGAGCAGUACUGCCCCUAUACCUAUGUUACUGUUUUAAUGAAAGAUCGUAGCUCUCAUUAGCUGUUAAACUUAAUUAUGGCAAUUGUAGAACUUGUAAAAUUACUUUUUAUCUUGUACAUAGAAGAAAAAACACAUGAUUGGUUUUGUAAUAAUUGUAACUAUUGUGCUGCUUUUUAUUUAACUGGUACAUUGUAACAGUGAAGUCCUGAAAGGAUAAGUCAGUGUGAUAUACUGUGUAUUUUGCUGUUGCUUUUCAGAUAUCGAUUGUUUGAUUAAUUUGUUUCUGAUUUUAAGCAUGUCUUAGUGAACUGAAUCAGUUAUUUUUGGAAAGAAAUCAUUAAAAUUA